AUGGUUCAUCCCUUUGAUGCCGAUCCCGAAGCUACGGUGCACUACGGCGGGAUGACGCCAAACCCCGUGUUGGAGCAUCGGGUCAUCCUGUUGCAGGAGGAGAACCAUCACCUCGCCACCACCAACCAAGCACUACGCGAACAGCUGCAAGCCCGAACGGCUGCAUUGCAAAAUAAGGAGAGCGAGCUGAACGACGCACGUAAUAUGCUAGACCGCAGGACAAGCAUGCUGCAGGAUCUCAAAGCCCAAGUCGAGCAAGUCUUGCGCGAUCGUCUUCAAGCUGAACAACAGCGCAAGGCUGCAGAGAAGGACGAACUGGCACGUCAGGAAGCCUUUCAACGCCUUCAGACGCAACUCGCACAAAGAGAGCAUGAACUGACUGAACGAUCGAACGAAUGCAAGCACUUGCAAACAGAGCUGCAGACCAUCUCCAACAAGACCAGAACCCAGACAGAUGCGCGUGUUGUCGAGCUGGAGAAGCAGCUUGCCGAGGUUCAAAGCCAACUUCAACGUGCAAACCGACAGCCCGAAAACCCGGGGCAACAAGUCUACAAGCUGGAGCACGCGCUGGCUACUGAACAAGAAAACCGCGUAGCAUUGCAAGCUCAGGUGGACAAGCUGGCCGAGACUAAUCGCAAGCUUCGCGAUGCGCUUGGCAAAGCUGAACAACAACCCCUUGAUGAGAUUGUGGCGGCUCAGCGCGCUUACCAAGAUCUGUUGCAGCGCAUGACUACUGUCCAGCAGCAGCGCGAUGAGCUUCGCCUGCAAGUUGAGCAAGCAACGAAGCGCGACGCUGAACAUCACAAUGAGCUCCAUCAACGCACUCGUAGCUUGCGCGCUGAGAUUGAGGUCUUGCGCGAGCAGCAGGCUAGCCUGACUCGCGAGCUCGAAGCGGCUCGUGAAGAAGCCGAGGACACGGCCGCGGCGGCAACCGCAACAGAGCAGCGCUUGCGUGAACAACUGAGUACGGCCGACGCUGAUCGUGACCGUGCUGUCAGCCACGGUGAGCGCCAACAGCGCAAGCUGCAGCACCGCAUUCAGGAGCUGGAGCAUCAAUUACAGCUGAGCGAAACUGGCAAGAUGAAGCUUGUACAAGGCCAGGAAGCGGCAUUGCAGCAGCAUGUCAACGAGAUUCAGCGACAGCUAGAUGCUGCGCGCAACCGGGAGGCACAGGUGGCCGCGCAGCUACGUCAAGCUCAACACGAGCUCCAGCUGACACGCUUGCAGGUUGAUGAUGUCCGCCACGAGCUCAGCACGGCCAACGAACAGAUUGAUAAAGCACAGCUGGUGAUAGAUGAGGAUGUCCGGGAAAUGCGAAAGCUACAACAGCAGCUCAUGGAGCGAGAAACCCAGCAUCAGCGCACUAAAGACAUGCUGAGCCAGCACAUGGAUCGCGUUCAUGAGCUUGAAAUGCGGUUGGCCGACGAAAUUGGGCCGGCCACUCGAGCCUAA